UGCCAAAGUAGAGCGUGUGAGAGGAGGGAGUGCCAGUUCUCUUGUCUCGCUCACUCGCCCUCUCUCCCCCUCUCUUUCUCUUCCGUGUCGCGUCGGUUGUUUAAAGAACGUUUGUGCUUUCAACCCAGUGAGAAUCCGGUGACUCAUUCGCCUUUUGCUUGUGAGCAUGCUCUUUUUAAAAGAAAACGUUAGCAGUGCUUUUUCCCCCUCAGGUUCUUCUUUAUCGAUGCAGUUGUAUUUUAAUAUCAGCCUUUCCUUGUCAGGUGUUAUUUGUGGGUUUUGAAUAGAAACAGGUGUGACUAAAACAAAAAUAAACCUUUGGAUGACACAUGUAAUUGCAAAGCUGCAUGAGGAGUCAUUUACAAAAUGGGGACUAUGAAAAGCACAGAAUAUUUCGAGACUCCUUAAAAUACUACUACAAUACUGGAAAAAGAAAAGUCAAAAUUCGGGGGCACAGUCGAGAAGGCAACGAACACAUUUUUAUUGGUGAAGAAUUUUUCACGCUGGAUAAUCAGGAAAGAAAAUGAAAUAAGUGUUACAGAUUUAGAUACGCAUUAUUACUUCCUUUCGUAGGGUAAUUAUUUCAGUGUAUUGUGCUGCAGUGUCUCAGUGUGGUGUUGUUAUUGAUGUAUUUUAAGUGUCUGUGUGUUAAAUCUAAGGAAAUAAUGGGAAGAAGGUUUGUUAAGAAAAAGGCUAAAUGAAGGUAGCCUGAUCAGUGCCACAAGGCCUCCUCGUGAGCGCAUUCCCUCCCCCCAAUUAUGAGUGCCAGUAAAACUCUCGCAGUCUGCACUAGCCUCGGAAUUACCAUCCUCGACUCCAGGUCACUCUUCCUCCAGUCACCAUGCCUUGUCUGAAGUGGAUGGGAGGUGGCCCAUCCAGCGCUACGAACGAGCAUGAAUGGGUUGAGGAACGCGAAGGAGGAGGAGCAGCAGCAGCAGCGGCAGCGGCAGCAGAAGAUGGGGGAAGGGGAGGAGGAGGUGGAGGAGGAGUGGUGGUUGUUGGAGGCGAUAGCUCCUCAGGUAGCGACGUUAGCAGGCAAAGCGCUGUUAUCUCGCUGUGCGGCCUCCUCACCAAUCUUGCGGAGCGGCUCUCCUGCGGAAAGCACAAGAAGAAAAGACAGCGUGGCGAGGGGGAAGCUUUGGGGCGGACAGCGCAGAAUGGAUUGCUGGUGCGCAUGUUGGGUGAUGUAAAAGGUGGGACAACGGUAGAGACAUCGUUGACCCCCACUGUUGCAGGCAGUGCAGGAAGGGUGUCCUCCGAUGCCGGUUGGAGAAGCAGUGCUAUCCCCUCCUCAGCAAGUGCCCUGCCAUUCCCUAUGGGCGAUGGGGAGAUGAGUAGCAGUGUUGGUGAUGCUGAGGAAAGGCUCCUAAGGGGAGUUUCCCGGGGUUCAGGCUCUUACAGUAGGUUCCUCACAUUGCAUCGGCGGAGGAGAAGGAAACCACCGACACACCAGAUGGAGAAACACCAUAGGGCUCUUUUAGAUGAUCUCUACCAUGGGCCUACGCAGUGUGUACUGUCACAAGUGGGAGUAUGGGAAUUCAAUGCUUUUGCCCUUGAUAGUGUAUGUGGAGGGCGACCUGUUUCGGUGCUUUGCGUUUAUUUAUUACACAAAUAUGGCCUCAUCCAGCAUUUCAAUCUAGACACAGUUACUGUGUGGAAGUGUUUCAGUCUCAUUGAGGAUGGAUAUCAUGCUUCCAAUCCGUACCACAAUGCCAUACAUGCCGCCGAUGUUACUCAGGCCAUGCACUGCUAUUUGGAAGAGGAGAAGAUUCGAGAACAUAUGACUCCUUUUGAGAAACUUGCAGCUCUUGUUGCUGCUGUGUGUCAUGAUCUUGACCAUCCAGGAGUAAACCAACCAUUUCUUAUUGCCACAGAUAAUCACUUAGCUGCUUUGUAUAAGAACCUUAGUGUUCUUGAAAACCAUCACUGGCGAUGCGCAAUGGGUUGUCUGUGGGAAUCAGGGUUGUUGGAUUCCUGGUCUCCCGAUGAUGUCAAUACGCUUCAAGAUAUGAUCCGUUCUCUCAUCCUGGCUACAGAUAUUACAAGGCAACAGGAAUUCCUCACAAGAUUUCAGAAAUACUUAGAUGGAGAAAGCUUAGACAUGCGGGAUCCAGACCAUCGACAUUUCUGCUUACAAAUUGCUUUAAAAUGUGCUGAUAUAUGUAAUCCCUGCCGGCCAUGGGAUAUAUCUCGCAAGUGGUCACACAAGAUAUGUGAUGAAUUUUAUCGUCAAGGGGACUAUGAGAGACAGUUGAAUUUGCCUGUUACAUCUUCAUGUGACAGAUAUAUAACAUCAGUAGCAAAAAUUCAAACAGGCUUCAUCCGUUAUGUAGUUUCUCCAUUAUUCUCUGCAUGGAACUGCUGGCUUGGUACUGGGCUCUCCUCUUCCAUGGUAAACAAUUUGAACACCAACCUCACUCGGUGGGAAGAACAAUUGUCUGAUGAGGUUGCUAAACAAACUCCCAUAAGAAGCACAGUUGCAACUGAAGAACCUCCGAGAUUACCUAUUGAUGCUGAUGAGGAAGAUGUUGAUGAAGUUGAAGGUGGAACCACCCCUAGUAGCAGUGGAGAUAGUCAUCAGUCUGUACUGGGUUCUUUAGAGAAUGUCUCAAGAUCAUUGCAGUUAGGAAGAAGGCAUUCGGUGCCACUCAAUUUCCCUUGUUUGGUGCCUCGCACGGUUAUUAGGAGGGAAAGUUUGCCAGAAGAGGGGGGUCAACCAUUGGUAGUUGAAACUGUAAUGAUGGAAGGUGUUUCCUUGACUUCUGUCAGAUCCCGUUUAUCAGAUCCAAACACCACCCUCACUAGUGAAGCUCUCCUGCCAGAUCCAUCAAUUACUGCAAUGGGAGGGGUGGAUACAGGUAGGUCCCGCCAUUCUGGCGGCAGGCUGGCACGUCGCAUGUCUCUUCCCCCUCUUUGGGCUCACCAGCAUCGUAGUCGACCACUACACACAUUACAGCCUUUAUCACCAACCCCAAGUGAAGAUUCUACUACCCAAAGUGCUCAGGAAGAUUGUCCAGCAUCUUCAAAAGAAACAAAACCAAGAACAGAAGCUAUUGGCAGUUCUGCAAGGGGUACAGUUUUGGAUGGUAGUAGUAGUGUUCAUUGUAGUGGUGGUGGAAGUUACAGUAGUGGUGGGGACUGUUGUGAUGGAGCGGGAGGCAAAACACACAGGUCAACAAGGGGUGAACCAGUUAAUUCAGUUCGAGAUUGUGGGGUUCACAGUAGAAAUUCUAUUCAACAAAGUUAUCAAGGUGCUACAUUCCUUCAUUCAGACUGCUCAGAUAGUUCCCGUUACCGAAGUCGAAGUGGCAAGGUGCUUGUGAGACGAGCUUCACUUGAUAGCUCUAGCAGUAGCAGUAAACGAGAGUUCCUGGAUCGGUUGUACCAUGAGGGCAACAAGUUUGCACGUGUGGAGCAUCCAGAUCUAGAUGGAGAUAAAGAAAAUCAAGCACCCAGGGAACCACCAGUAAGCAGCAGAGAAAGGCCAGUGCCUUUGUGGAAAACGCGUGCAUGGAGGAGCCUUAACUAUGAAGAGGAGAAGGCCUGUGAUCCUAGAGAGAAAUUAGUAAAGCCAGGCAUUUAUAAGCUCAAUCAGUCUCAGGGAAGUAUGUAUGCUCAUGGUCGUCGUGGUUCUGCCCCACUUUUAAAACCAGAGGAGUUGUGGGGAGGACUGAGAGGGGGAGCUGAAAGGCCAGAUCAACAUUAUUUAUCUACUAGGAGAGGCUCAGCUCCAUCUCAACAGAUUCAUCAUGGGCAUAGAAUGCUGAAACUUGGGCAUGCUGGUGGAGGCUUGCUUGGGUCCAGUGGUGGUGGUGUUGGUGUUGGAGCUUUAGGAACUGUUGGUAUUGGAAAAACUGGCAACCUGCCCCCAUUGAAACGCCGUGCUUUUCAACAAUCGCUGAAUCGCACUAAUUCCUUCUCUAUCCUUGAACCUUUUAUUGCUUCCAUAUCAGGGUCAGAAAGUGAAGCAGGUGCGGAAGUUCCUGAGAGUCCCUUCACACCCCUGACAUCAACAGAAAAUCUUCCAUUUUGUGACAAUCCUUUUAGUCACUCCAGAUUGAGAGGUCGUAGAAGCUCCAUGCCAUUUGACAUUUCUGGUUGUAUUGAUGUAAACCAAGAUCCUGCAGUUGUAAAGGAUCAGCCAGAAAUUCGGUAUGGCCGUCGUGGAUCAGGUGGAUUAGAAAUGCUACCAUCAUUGGUGGCUAGAGCACUUCCUUCUCUCUCUACUGCUUGUGGAGGCCACGGGCUUUGUGGAGGAGGUUCAUCUAGUAUUGGCAUUCCAUCGUCAUUGUCGUAUCGUCAUAGAGACUCUCUCAGAGGAUCUGGAAGUUUGGAGCUUCUUGCUGGAUUAUGGAGGUCACAUUUGGAGAGUGGAAGCUCUUUUUUACAUGAUGAAGUUGACAUGUGUUCGCAAUCUUCUGGUGGAAUGACUCCUGGUACUCCUUGUGCCCUACCAACUCCUAGAAUUGCUACACCUUUCACUCUUCACAGACGUGGCUCACUGCCAACUGAUCUUUUUUACUCAGUGUGUGGGGUAGUGAGGGGACAUAGCAAUAUCAGUGCUCGGGCUCAGCGCUUCCGCCCCAUCCCUGUCCUUUUGCCAGCCUCCAGUGCCAAGCUUUCACCUCAUUCACUGUCAUCCCGCCCAUAGAUAUGAAGGAAAGGCUUUUCCUAUCAUGUAUUUUAGAGUGAAUGGAAUUUUUUUGUUUUCAUAAACAAGAAGUGGAAAAUCUUGUCCUCAAUUGCUAGGAAAAUAGUUGCUGAUAAUGGUUUAUCUUUGCCUUUCACUUUCAGGAAAGUAUAAAGACUGUGUUCUUAAAAAUUAUUUUAAGGGAGGGAUUUUCAAUAUUCAUAUACUUAUGAAAGUACACCCAUAAAGGUGAAUUAAGCAUUUUUUUUAACUAGUGCAAUAAUAGUGCAGUGACAUUUCAAAGUGGUAAAUUUUUUUUAUACAUGCAGUAUAUAUAUAUAUAUAUAUAACAUAUAUAAUAUAUUUUAUGAGCAAUUGGAUCUAAAAUUAGCUAAUCACUGUCUAUUUUUUCGUACACCUAAAAUAUUUAGUGUUUUAUUUAAUAAGAAAUUAUUUUUUUCUACCAUCAAUAGACAAAAGAUUGACAGUAAAUAGGGAUGACUUCUGUAUUAAAUGUUAACUUUUCUAAAUAAGUUAUUCAGCACUGACUGCAGGAUUACCAAACCUCCAAUCAUCAAGGCUGUGAUGAAAUUCAGUUUACCCUAACGGGUCUGAAGAGGCAGUCAUCAGAGAUGGACCAUUUUUUUAUAUAGUGGAUUGUGUACAUUAAUGCAAAUAAAAAAAUAUUUUGAUCAAAAUAUUAUUUUUAGAUUACCAUGAAUAGGAAUCAAAAUUUUAUCCCAGCGUAUGAGUUCAUUUUACAUAAAUCCUCCCAAGAUACAACCCUUGUCUUGAUACUGCUGAAUAAUAUAUUAUCAUGGCAGGUAAAGUAAUAAGCUCAAAUAAGCUCAAAGUUAGUACUAACGUCCACAUACAGCCACCAUUCUCUGUUAAGAUCUAGCUUGACAAUCUUGGUUCAUGUUAUACAUAAUGGAUACUGUUAAGAAGGUAAGACUAGCCAUUUAUAAUUGUCAUAUAAUGAGGUAUGUCCUUUUUAAGGAUGGCAUUUUAGUAUUUUUAACCGUGAUAUAGCAAAUUAACGAUGAUGUUUGUAUUGCAUACCACUUCAUGUCAAAUUUGUGCAUUGCAUGCAAAUUUCAUCCAUCCAAAAGACCAACAUAAAGUUGAGAAUUAUUCACCGGACUGAAUUUCAAUGUCAUGAACCAAAAUCUCUCAUCUCUUCUCUGUGUCCCUUUCUCUCUUUUAAUAUUUCCACUGAAAGGUAUUAAAAGUUUAGCUGUUCCAUCCUUUCAGUGAAGUACAAUUUCAACCAUUGUAAUUGAGUUUCUUCAGAGGUCGUGUUGUCGUGACAAUGUUCAACUCCCUCCCCAGUUUAUUUUAAAAGUGCAGCACUGUACAUUGCUGCUAUUGCAGUGUAUUACAGUCAUAAAGAUUUUGCAGUCUUAGUUGACUAUAUAUCUGAUUUUAAGUUGACUCCCUUUACUAUCAAAAUUAGUUAAUGGCAUUACUCAUGAAUGAUUCAGAGUUAUCUGCAUUGUUCAUGGAAAAAUAUUCACAAUAAUAUAUGGCAGUACAGUAGUUAAUUCAGACAUUCACAUUUCAAGUCUCUCCAUUAUGCUUUUGAGGGUAAAAUAGAAAAGCAUGCAAUAGAGGAGGCUUUCUGCAAUAAAUUACCUUUGCAAAAUCUGCAGCACAUAAUUUGGGGUUGAAGAUCAGUGGGCAAGAAUUGUGCACAAAAGUUAAGUUGUCUCUUAGGGUUGUAUCAAAAUAAAGCUCAGUCUAUUAUAAAUGUAAAUUUAGCAGCAGCCACUGUGACUCUUAAUUAGAGGGUGUGAGGCAUAGAGUUACAGUGUGCAAAAAACUGCCUUUUUUAAAUUCAUGUGCUUUAUUUGUUGUUUAUUAUGGUAUUUCUGUUUUAAGUUUGCUAGCUGUUGUAGGACUAAUGUUAACGAUUUAUACAUCUGAAGUGCAAUAUAUGAUAACAUGUAUAAUCUUGUUGUCUAAAGAUUUAUCAGUAUUUUCUAUGGUUCUGUGUAGAAGAAGUAACCCAACCAGCCAACCAAUCAAUGCAUGUAAAUGUGUACAUGUUAUAUCUGUAAUAAUCAAAGACGUGUGAUGAUUGGUGAUAAUCAAAUCAUUUAGCACAUUAAGCAGUUUAUGUUUAUUAAGAAAUGGGAAUCAUAUGAUAAAGCUGAUCAUUUUGAUCAAAUGAUUUUUAAUAAAAUAUAAUGUUUUGUAGCUAUGCAAUUGCUAGUUUGUAUGGUAUGACUGCUUUGAUGUAGAUAGCGUGGUACAGUACCUACAAUCUCAAUUUUUACAUGUUAAAUUGUUAGUAGAACUUUAUGCAAAUAACCUGUAGUGAAUUCAGUAAAGUUUAUAUUUUGCAUUAUUAUUUAUAUACAAUAUGUGAAAGACGGGAUGGUCAGGAGAAACAAGGAUGUCUCCUCUUGUGAUGAAAGGAACAUUCCAGUUCAUAUUGUUAACAUAGAUUUUCUUAACAUGAUCCUGUGCCAAUUGCAAGGCAGAUUUGCCUAAGUAUGUCAAUAUUUGAUUAACGUAAAUUUUGGUAGCAUUAUUUUGGCACUACAUCUUUAUAAAAGCAUCACGUUCCAUGAACAUAUGCACUAGAAAUGUAAUUUUGAAAAAUAAUUCAUGAUUCUUAUUGUUGUUUAUGGUUAUGGAUUUUAGUUGAUAUGGGGUAUUCAGCAUUGAAUUUGUUUCAAUAAAUGUGGGUAUUCAGUAUUGAAAACUAUAAUUAUCAAAGCUAAAUAAUUGAGUUUUUUUAAAGAACUGGUUUGAGCCUUAUCUGUCACCUGAAGAGUUGUCAGUACAUGAAAGUUUUGUUAAUGAUUUUGUACAAAUACAGAGCCAAUUUACUGUGUGUAAAUAAUGAAUAUAUUUCAUAACCCUACAGUCAUAAGGAAAUUUUUUAUUUUUAUCAUCCUAUGCAUAACCUUUGUUUUCUUUAAAAAAUAAAGUACAAAUUGGUCUUUUUUUAGAAUUAAUUUCAUAAUCUGGUUGUGUCAACAUUAUCCUGUCAUGUUUGUAUUAAUGCAGUAACGGUCUUGGACACUUCACUUAUAUGACGUUGCAGUACUAGUACUCAAGUAGAUUAUUUUUAUAUAUCAGAUUGCGCUAUCUCUCAAUAAUCUUUUUUAUGAUGCUAUGUAAUACUGUCAUGAGAAUAACUUUUGUGAGGUUUUUGAAAUAUAAGCAUUUCCUAUGUGGGUUAGUUUAGUGCUAUGUGCACUUGUUGUUGAAACUUAGAUGUAUUUUAACUUGUCCACUGAAUUGAGAGCCUAUUUUCUGACAAAAUAUUAAGUAACUUAAUGUAUACUAAAUAUAAAAACUGGGAAACAUCUAAGAUUCUAAAAAUACUGUUGUAAUCAAAUUUACUUGAGGUCUAUUCCCAGUUCUGGAUCUUUUGAGCUGUAAAUAUAACAUGACCAGGUGUUAUAUAGCAGGAGUAUCACCAUGUCAUUCUGUCUUUCACUUUCAUAAAUCCAAUGUUUACCAGACAAAAAUUAUGAAGUUGCAAGACAUAUGAUAUGCAACACUCUGCCACAUUAGUUACAUUGGUCAUUUAUUUUUUUUAUAGUGGCUGAUUUACAAUUGGAUUUCAGCAUAAUUUUGCUAUAAAUUUAUUUGUAACAAGUUCACUCAGAAGUUGGCAGGGCACAAGUUUCACUCAUGUUACAAAAUAUUUAAUUUUUUCACUUUGAUGUAAAGGAAGUUUGAUUUAUAUUUUUAUUAUAAUACAUAUAGUCUAAUUUUUUACUAUUCUUUCUUUGCGUAUUUGAUUCUUUACACUAAGGAUUUUAAUAUUUAAGUGCUAUAUUGUAUUGUAGAAGUCACCCAUGACUAUGAUUUAGUAAAAUCAUGCACAAAAGGCUGUUUACAGUCAUUAUAUGGGUACUUUUAAAAAAAGUUGAAACAGCCAAAUAGCUAUUAAGUAAAGCACCUAAACAAAAUGAUAAACUUAUUACUGGACAAAUGAAAGGGGAAUAAUCUUUACACUUAAAUGAAGUGUAUUGUAAACCAUUAAAUCUUUAAUAUUUGUGUAGUAAAAAUAAAAUUGGGAUUUUUUUUUUGCAUUCAUUCUUAUAUUAUUUCUUAACAGUACCUCAGAUGUUUGGUGCUGAUGUUUUGCUAUCAGUUUUGUUAAGGAAACUGUUCCUUCAGACCUCUUUAAUGAAGAAGCUUGCUUGAACACUAUAUACAAUUUAUGGUUACAGUAGUCUUCCUUCCCUAUAAUUUUGGAUAUAUAUAUUUUAUACUUUUUAAUUAUAUUAAUCUGUGCAUUUAACUUUUGCUAAACCUGCCAAAAUGAUAAGCAUUGAUAUUUUAGCAACUAGGAUGUAGAUAUGAUUUUCAUUUUCUAAUGUGAUGGUGUUGCAAAGAAAUUACCUACGUAUAUACUUUUUUAAUUGUUCAUAUAGUUUUAAAGUGGUUCUUGAUUGACCGGAAAAUUACCAUGAUCAUUUUAAGUGUGCUGCUUCUGAGUAUUCCAAUUGAUACACUUUAAAAUUAGAGGGGAAUUAAUGGCCCAAGUGCUCAUGUUGUAUUUGUGGUUGUUGUCCAGUAGGUAGCACGCACCAAUACCCUUAAAUAAUCCAUAACCCUUUCUAAGUUAAAAUUGUAUUAUUUCUGUAUAAAUGUAAAUUAACUUUUGAAUUGUGGAAAUAAUAGGGAACUAGUAGUUUUCACUGUCACAGAUUUUCCCUUUAUACGAUUGUAGGAUUACCAGAAUAUACUGGUGCAAUUUGUAACAUCCCCCGAAGUUUUUCAAUGUAAGAGGUUAAUUUUCAUCUAUCCUUAUGUGUAUAUUUACUAAAAUGACAAUUGGCUUACUGAAUAUUUAAAGUUUAAAUAAUAAUGAAAAUAGAAACUGCUUAUGUGUAAGAACUGGUUUUUUUUUUUUUAACUAUUAUGUACCAGUUAACCCUAAGUAGUGUCUUUGAGAAAUAGUAUCUACAAUAAAUAGCAUGAGGAAAAAAAGGUAUAAAUAUGUAUAGUGCAUUGGCUUGAAUAAUAAAAUAUACGCUGUCCAUUCUGUUCUCUCUUAUGAAAACAAAGUAUAUAAACCGUGAGCAGUUUUAUAUAUGAAACAUUAAUGUUAUGGAGAAUGUAUGUCAGCAUUUUAGUGGCAAAAUAUUGAAUUCAACUUUAUGAGAAUGCCUUACCAAUUUAGAACUGCUUAAAAACUAGAACUUCAAUUGCUCCUGUACACCUGGUAUUAAUACAGUACAUGUAGUGCUUUACUGAAAGCUGUAAUACAGUAGAGUAUAUAUUAGCAAAGCUUACUAAUGCCUAAAAUGGAUAUUUUUAGUUUCUUUGUCACUUUAAGCGUGUGCACAUUUCUCCGAGCAUUAUACCAUACACACUUCUGCCAAAAAUUCUUAACAUUGUCUCAUGAUACUUCUAAGAUAGGUAGAAUAAUAGGUGAAUACAAAGUGUAUCAAAUUAUACUCUUGAAAUAAAAAUGGCAGAUUUAUCUAAAUGAAAAUUGUACUGAUCAUUACGUACUAUAUUCUCUAUUAGUUAUGGUAUGAAAAGUGCAACCAGGUGUUUAGUGACAAGCUGUGUAUUGAUUAAUUUUUUUUCUUUUUUUUUCUUUAAAUAAACUACAAAUUAGAAAUUUGGAGAUGUUAACUAAUCUCAAAAUUGUUCGUUAAUUAUAUAUUUCAGUAACAGAAUGAUAUUCACUAAAUGUCUCAAACAUUCCACUAAAUAUAUUACUGUGCUUGUGUAAUUAAAAUGAUCUAGUUCUUUAGAGUGUAUAUUUAAAUGAUUUCAACAGGGAUUUAAUCACUUAUGGUUUGUAACCUUAUUAAAAAUUAACUGAAAACUAUACAUUACACAUAUUCUGGUAUUUCUGAAAAUAAAGGGAAAGACUGCAAAGGUGAAAAUUUCAACGGAACAUACUCGAAAAUAGCUGUAAAAUAUGCUCUUCAGCCAUUAUAUGUUGAAAAUGAAAUUUUUGUAUUACAUAGAAUCAUUGCAAAUAUUAUAUAUUUAGACCAAUGAUAA